AUGUCUGAAGUAGAUAUGUCUGCGGAAAGAAUGACAAAACUAGAAGAGUACAACAUUCCUGAGAAAGGCCCUUGGAAGCUCCCCUCUGGCCCCUGUAUUUUCUCUUCAGUCUAUUCUGAGAGAUAUGGGGCUUUCCCACUUGCCUCUAGGAAACUGACUACUUCAUUCCUCAAACGUGGUUACUGGUGGUAUGAUUCUAGCAGUCAAGGAGGUCAACAGAACUCCCUUCUCUUGCAGAAUUUGCAAAGAGCAGUGGCACUGAAGAAGACUGUCAACAGGUGGCGGAAUUUUCAUACACACUGUAUGUGGCAGAUGACAUUGGACCAACGGAGAAACCUAUAUGCUGCCCUAAGGAUGAAGGAUACUGUGGAAAAGGAAUUAGCACUGUCCAACAAACAGCUACUGGUGGUCCGUCAAGCUGCCUUACACGAGCUGUUUGAAAAGGAAUAUCAACAGUACCAGCGGGAACUCAAUCGGAUGGGCAAAGCUUUUUAUGAGGAGAGACUCUGACAGCUGCUGAAACAUCGUUCUUCCAUCUCGCUGUGCCUGCCACCCAGCCUUCAUUCUUUACCUUGAGCUUCCCAAAACAUGCCUUUUUCACUGUAAUGUCAACUUAAAUGUUGCCUCUGGAAACAAGAGUGACACCUUGUGGUCAGUGUGGGAUAUGCACUUUUGUCGGGGGAUAGUAUGUACAGUGGAUUUAAAAAUCUGAUUUGGUUUAACAAAUAAAGCUAGUUCUUAAAGGUUCA